AUGCCCGCUCUCCGGAUGGAUGCUUCCAUGAGCAUUCUAGCAUCGGCCCGGAUGCCGAGGCCACUCCCCAUCGAAGCGGCAAUCCCACCGAGCCACAGCUUACCAACCUCCCAGAAACAAACAUCGUGA